AAAAAGAAACAAACAAAACUGAGUUGAAAAUUAAAGUUGCGUUUGUGUUAUAAAUAAAAUUAUGAAUUUGAAUGUUAUUGGUUUCAGUGGUUUUUACUAUACCCAUGCAUAGCUGGUAACUUCAAUUAUUGUAAAAACAUAGUGAAAUUUAAACAUCUGCUUUCAAAACCCAGAUUAUGAUUUUUACAGUAUUUAAACUUCUACUGAGAAUCGCUAAUCAGUUCUGAGCCUUGAAUUAAGUUUGAAGCAGCUCGAUAACGGUUUACUUACCCACUAUCUAUUUUGAUAAAGUACUUGAGUUUUGCCAUGCUAGAACAAUAAAAAUAAAUAUAUCUAGGUACCAUCUUUUUGUUCACGCUUGUGGGCUAGGUACAAGAUGAAGAAAUUAUAUUUGUUUUUAUUAAUUUCUUUUAAUUCAUUAAAUGCCAGUAGAAAUAUUCCUAUAGUGAUAACAACUUGGAGGUUCACCAAUUCUACAGCUGCUGCAUGGGAUGUGCUAAAACAAGGUGGGGUUUCAUUGAAUGCCGUUGAGAAAGGAGCCUCAGUAUGUGAAGAAAUGCAAUGUGACCUUACAGUAGGCUAUGGGGGUAGCCCAGAUGAAAAUGGUGAAACUACACUUGAUGCAAUGAUUAUGGAUGGAAAAACCAUGAAUGUUGGUUCAGUUGGUGCACUGCGUAGGAUAAAAAAUGUGAUAUCUGUAGCCCGACAUGUUCUAGAACACUCCAAGCACUCUAUUCUAGUUGGAGAACUGGCAACACAGUUCGCAUUACAAAUGGGGUUUACAGAAGAGAGUUUGACCACACCAGUAUCUAAACAAAUGUGGAUGAAAUGGAGAAAUGAACAUAAUUGUCAACCUAAUUUCUGGAUGAACGUGCAACCCGAUCCAACAAAGUACUGUGGUCCAUACAGCGAGUUUAAAACUAACAAACAUAAAAAUUAUAUGAGAAGAAGAAAGGAACAUAGAAUGAUAGACGAGAAUAAUCAUGAUACAAUUGGGAUUGUGGCUAUUGAUCAGACUGGCAACAUAGCUGCAGGCACUUCAACCAAUGGGGCAAAGUUCAAAAUGCCAGGAAGAAUUGGAGAUUCUCCUAUCCCGGGCGCCGGGGCAUACGCUGAUAAUAACGUGGGUGGCGCCGCUGCUACUGGUGAUGGAGACGUGAUGCUGCGAUUCUUACCUAGUUUUCUAGCUGUAGAGGAAAUGCGUCGUGGUUCGUCACCCCGCGACGCAGCACUUACCGCUAUCAAAAGGAUAGCUGAACACUAUCCUUCAUUCAUGGGCGCUGUCAUAGCCGUCUCGAAAAAUGGGGACUACGCCGCUGCCUGUAACGGAAUACCAGAAUUUCCUUUUGUUGUUCAAGAUGGAUCGCAUGAGACAUAUAAAGUGAACGUUAUUGAUUGUUUAUAAUUUGUUACUGUUUAAAUAUUUAAAUAUGUACUUAUAAAUUAUUAAUCGUA